AUGUGGGCGUUCGCACCCUACAACAGUAUGGAAAAAUACAUCUCGAAUAUGUUUGUGGGAAUCCCGCAUGGUGCGAGAUCGGAGCAACGCGGCGUUGCGGCGCCCGCAGCCGCCAGGACGAGGUACACUAUCGCCCUAUACGCCCGACCAGAACAAUCUAAUAUCUCACUUCGGUUCAUCUACUAUGAAACAAAAAUACCACUCCGGUCCGCACAUCCGACCAGCUCGGUCACAACACUCAUUGGCCGUCACCGUCCUUUGUGCUUCGUAUUAUGUGUAUCGGGCUCGAGCCCGAGGUCCGAGGCGCGAGACGGCGAGGCAGGACGGAGUCCAGCGAGGUAG